AUGACGCCUCGCACACGAACAAGCAAUCGAGACGCCGAAUUCAAGGUCUACUAUUCGAAAAAGGUGCCGCAGCAAAUAUACUUUCCCCACAAGAGCAAGACGGCGCGCCGGCCCUCUACACCGGUACGCUAUGGAGAAGGAAAGCGGCAAAUGGUGUUUUUGCCGGAUAAGAUGAAGAGGCAGCGAACAGGGGUUGUAAGCAACUCGGAUGAGGAUGAUGAGAGUCUGGAUACCGAUUUAGAGGAUGAUUUGAACGAGAGAAGUUCGUCAGAUGUGGGGCAGGCACACCAAGAGGACAAGCAAGAUACCACGAAGACAAUCAGGCAAAAGGGCAGGAAGCGAAAUAGCAGUAUCACGCACGAAGAACAAAAUAGCGAAACCGAAGAUUCGAUUAUACACACAUCUAAGCGUCAUUGUAAGACUGUUUCGUCAAAGAGCUAUCGUCGCACACGGCGCGUCAAUGCUGAGCCCAACGAUGAAUUGGACAGAGCGAAUACUGUGGAUAGAGGGCGCGCGAAGAAAAGACAGUCGACCAUGACGCAAUUGGUGGAUGGGCGGAGGCCUCUCCCAGGUGUAAAGGAGCUGGAGUUUAAGCCCGUCAAACGUAGCGCUCGCUUGAGUUGGAGUGGCAAAAACAAAAGUGGCAAAGGAAGCACGGAUGGAAAACAGCGAACAUUGACUCAAAUGGUACCCGGAAUGCGCAAACUAGAGGCUAUGUCACAUGAGAACUUGGAUGAGGGUGUGAGUGACGUUGAAGCCGAGGAUAGUGAUGGUCAGGCUUAUGGCGAUGCUGUGGCACACCGACUCGCGCGGCAGGGGCUGUAUCAGACAGAGGACGGCCGCGGUGAAGUACCCACUUCUGGGCAAGUCGAGGAGGGCAUGAACUCAGCGUCGAGCAAAAAUAAGGACCCCAGGGCAGACUUUGAAACCGUGGAAGAUGACUGUGAGAAGACCUACAAGCCAACCCAGUUUAUUGAAGCUCUUCCCAGAAGAUCAGAAAGGACGAAUCGAAGGAACGCGAAGGCACAAAAGUCAAAAAAGUCGAAUAAGGCCCGGUUUAGCCUGUUGUCUACCCCAGAGAAGCGACGUAUCCGCGAGAUACCAUCGUCGCAAUCGCCAGCAGACUCGCCCCUCUCUAUCCGGGUCACGCCUUAUAAGUCAAACCGGUCACCGCUCAAAGAAUGCUCGGGAUAUUCUAUCAACGCUUCGGAGACCCCUUCGAAAAGGAAGCAGGUGACUUUCAAGACACUGUCGAAAACUCCCAUACAACCUCCAAAACUGAAGAGGUUUGAGAGUACGAUCCAGGAUUCUGAAGAUGAAGAUGAAGAUAUCAUUGAAGAAGAUGCAUCCUCCACUGAGCAGCCUGGGCAGAUACCCAACAAUAAUCUACGGGGAGUGAAGCCUCGCAAAGAUGACAGUGGAUAUCCCCGGUUGUUGCUUGACCGCACCGAUCGAGCGGGCGGCGAUGCCACCGGGACUAGUCAUACUGCCUGGCCAGAGUCCCCGCAAGAGUCUGAAAGUUUACCUGAGCUUCGAGGUACUAAUAAACCUUCCCCGGAAUUGGGAGAACCUCAUAUGCAACCAAAGGGCCAACAGAAGCAGGAUGUCCGAGAAGAGCAUUCAGCUCAAGACGAUGGACUAAUCAAGAUUAAGCAAGAGCCAGAAAGCGAAGACGAGGACAACGAGGACUUUCCAGAAGUACCUGCUGUCUUAUUGCCAUUCUCGCACCAGCAGAGUCCAGUUGAAGGUGACAUUGCCAUUAAGACGGAACCGGAGCAAUAUCGUUCAUCGCCCCCGGUUCCUGGGGCUGAUAGCCAGGACACGUUCCCUUCGAUGCCUAUGGUCAUAAAGCACGAUCCUGCCGACGAAGAUAAUAGACCCGAAGAAGAUACAACUCCAAAUUGGACUGGACAACCUCGUCCACAUUCCACAGCAACCAACAUCCAGCAAUCUGCAGACCUCGAUGGCGAACUCAUUCAGGUCCCGCGCUCUCCCUCUCUGCAGCACGAGUCGCAACAGUCGCAUACAAGCAAAGCAGAGCAGCAACUCCAGGACGAAUGGCUUUCAUACUCACAGUACGUGCACACCCGACUAUCCGAGUCUUCGAGCGUGCGUGCCGUACCCGAUGCACACAGCUACAAUGCCACGCCGCGCCCACGGCAAGCUCCAGCUGCAGAUCGGCUACCACAACACCAACCAUCAUGCUAUGGACCAAGCCAAGCCACUACUAUCGACGAAAUCACCCAGCGCACGCCCCGCAAACAGCGAGCCCAACAUUUCUCAAGCACACACACGACGCCCCACCGCAUCGCAAGCUCUCAACCUGUCAUUUCGCCAAGUAAACCCCCGCCUCUCUUCAUACCAAGCAGUUUCCCUAGUCCCGAGAAAGCCGGUAUGGAGGGAUGGAGCAGUCCCGUUACAUCAAUGACCCCGGCGGCUGGUGGAUGUAAGAGUAGUCAGUGGGCGAGUCUAGAAGAUUUCAGUAUUCCACUUCCGCCGCCAACGCAUGAAGAUGACGACGAUGACGAGGAGAGGUGA